ACCAGAUAAGAAAGAAAGCAAGAACCUACAUUAACAUUAUUCAAAUUAUAAGUCUGUGAUCACCAUGGCAUCAGUAAAGUCUAUCCUUCAUCUUUUCAUGUUACUAGUCGCUACAUUCGCGACUAUUGAGAUAGCGGUGGCAGGUGAUCCAGAUAUCCUCACAGACUUCAUAGUUCCAGCAAACCUCACCUCAGGCAAUGGGACCUCAAUUGACGGAAACUUCUUUACUUUCACUGGCAUGAGAGUCCUGGUUGGCGGCGAAACACCCCCUGCUUUUAAGGUCUUGAAAGCAAGCAUGGCCGAGUUCCCAGCUCUGAAUGGUCAGAGUGUGAUGUAUGCUGCACUUCAGUUCCCCGCAGGGAGCACCAACCCUCCUCACACCCAUCCCCGUGCAUCAGAGCUUCUUUUUGUGGUCGAUGGAUCCUUAGAAGUUGGCUUCAUUGACACUACUAACAAACUCUACACCCAAACACUGCAAACUGGUGACAUGUUUGUUUUCCCCAAGGGACUGGUGCACUAUCAGUUCAAUGCUGAUGCGCAGAAGUCUGCUCUGGCCAUCUCUGGAUUCGGAAGCAGUAAUGCAGGAACUGUGUCGAUUCCAAGCACCGUGUUCGCCACUGGAAUCGAUGACAACAUCUUGGCCCUGUCUUUCAAAACUGAUGUGGCAACUAUUAAGAAGAUCAAGGCUGGUCUUGUCCCAAAGGCCUGAUUUAUUUAUUUUGUUGAAUAAUGAUUUAUUGAAGUUGUUCCUACAAUGCAGUAACCAUAUUAAAAAUCAAUAAAACAAUACAGGCAAAAAGAAAACUAUGCUCUUAAUUA